AUGGGCACGCCAGCGGAUCCUCAAGAAUUGGAGAACCCAACGUCGUCACGGCAACGUCUCGGUGUGCGAUGGCCGGCUAGUGAACGCAUCGCCAGGGACCGGGAUCUUUCUGCUGUGCAACUCCUACGCGAAUCACUGGGCUUCCCGGAUGAUGCCUGCCACGAGAGCUACAAAGGAGGGAGGGAGAAUGCUUCUGCUCUGGUAACGCGUCCCCUCAGCACGUCUCCAUCUGUUUCAACUAGCCAGCCGGCUCAGGACACGCAAGAUCUCGGCUCAAGCGGUCCCGUCCACGAUGGCCAGAGGUACGACGACCGAAGAAGACUCGCCAUCAUAGCUGUACUCGCGCUUACCCUGGUGCUCGCAUGCACGAUCCUGUCCUUCUUCUUGCCCGAAGCCAAGCUGCUCGGGGCGCUGUCGGGGUGGUGCGACACCAGUGAGUGUCGCCGCCAUGCGUCGCUGCUCACGCAUGGCCUGAACCGGAGCAUCGACCCGUGCCAAGACUUCCACGACUACGUCUGCUCCACGUGGGAACCCGACCCCCGGUUCGCGUCGGUUCUCCGCAUUGCGCUCGACGACCUCAGCAUUCGGUGGCUGAACGACUUGGAGGAACUGCUGCACGAAAGCGUUUUCCACAUGCCCGUGGCGGAGAAACCAUUGGACAUGUACCGAGCCUGCGUCAACAACAGCGGAGCAAGUGUAGAAGACUGGAACCUGUUCCGGCGGUUUCUCUCGGACCGCGGAUUGUCGUGGCCCGAACCACCGCCGAACAACGUUAGUGCCUCGAGCGUGAUAGUCAACUUGGCGCUCCACUGGCAGAUGUCGCUGUGGUUGCGCAUCCGUGUUCUGAAGCACCCUUUCGUGCCCGGCGGCCGUCGGUUCCUGUUACUGCCGGGUCGUAAGAGCGAGGCGAGACUGUUCGUCACGAUGCACGAAUACGUCAUGGCGACUGACCAGUAUCCGAGGUACUGGCGUCUCAUCUACUCCUUCGUUAAGGGCCAACAGCCACACCAUGACGUCUCAGAUCUCAUCAAAUCGAGCGCCGAAGCGCAAGGCAACAGCGUCGCCAUGCUUUUUAGAUUUAUAUUCACUGGUUACGUGAAGCCGUCGAUAUUCCGCAUUUCAAACAUCAGCGAACAGACAUGGAACGAGACAGGAGGUCACUGGGUGAAAAGUCUCAGCGAGAACCUCUUCCCUCUGGAGCCAUUGUCGCCUUUGGACGACGUACUGAUCGCAAACACAGACCUCUUAGAUACGCUCAGAGCGUUCAUCCCGGGCAGUGGCGACGAAAACGUGCUGGCGGACAUAUCAUGGCAGGUCGUCCAAAUGUACUCAUUGAUGCUCGACAGGACGCUUCUCGAAGACAUCUUGAGGGACAAGCAGCAAGCAUCGUCUGUUAUCACUCUGCUGUGCGCGAGAGAACUCGACGCUGUCUACAACCCUAUCCUGGCAGCUCUCUACGUUCGUUCGCGUCUCACGACGAUGGGCAGGAAACAUGUCAGCGCGCUCUUCCAGACCGUGACGCAAGGCGCUGUGGAUGCCGUCAACCAGCUGUCGUGGCUCGACCUCGAGAGCAGGCAGUUUUUCGCACAGCGGCUCGAAUCUACCGUGGUUCGCCUGUGGCCAGCUGAUCUGUUCGAUGACGCCCAAAAGGUUGAAACCCUCUACAUUCACUGUCCUCGAAGCGAGACAUCUUUUAUGCGGCUCUGGUUGGCAGUGCGUGAGUGUCUGAGUGACCUCCUGAUGGGAGAGCACCGAGGAUACUUGUCUGCAAUGGCCCCAAACUUCACCCCUUACCCUUUUACGUACGACUCGUUCGAACCCUCUGCCGAACUUGUCAUGGCGGUGCUCGCGAGCCCUGUGUAUUCGACACGCGGUACACCAGGCAUGCUCUUCGGAGGUCUGGGCUCACUGUUCGCUACUCUCCUUCUCCAUGCAUUUGACGAGCCUAAGCAGCCUGUCCAUUCUAACGGCAGUGAACCGGUUCCAGGCCUGCGCGUCACCGUGAACUUCCAACGCCGUGCCCGCAAAUUCAUGGAAGGUGCGAACGGCCGCUCCCAGCGCGCAUUCUUCGGCACAGAGUUCGGGCACAGCUGCUGCGUCUGUGACCGGCUCUGGUUCGACGUGAGUCUCUCCACGGUGAACUCAGCGCGGAACUCUGAACAGAAGAGUUCUGCUUUGCAAGUUUUUCGCGAAGGCUUCCCCGACGCCACCGACCACGACAACGACCACGACGACGGUCGGACGUGGAGGACGAGGACCGGAUCGACGAUGAUGAGGACUGGUACUGAAGCAUGA